AUGGAUUUGUUUGAAAUAUAAGAUUAUAUGGACCCUAAUCUAUUAGAGAAUGGAACUUUCUAAUAUUUUUCAAAACAAGCAUAGGUUGAACUUAGAUUAAUGCAAGAAGAUAUGUCAGAAAAAAUAAUAGGAGAAGAAAAAAUUCAUAUUAGGGUUUUUGGAUAAUCAACAGACAAAAAAAAUCUGAAUUGGUUUAAGAUUGAAUUAACAAGCGAUGUUGAUGUAUUUUUUACAUAUAUCAAGUAAUUUGAUUACAAUACUUUCUAGCAGUUUAAGUUCGAGGAACAGAUCUAAGUUGAUUUUGAAUAAUUCCCUAACAAUUUGUUAAAUAUCAUAAAUUCCUCUAUAAAUUAGCAAAAUGAAAAAAUAGUAUUCUUGAUGGAAAUAGGAAAACCUGUUGGUAAUUUAGUUUUCUUACAAGAUUUAGGACAUAAAAAUAUGCUCUUAUUAAGCAUGUAGAUGGAUUUGGCAACUUAGGAAUAAGUUAAAUAAAAUAUUAUGUACAGAUAUUCAAAAAUGAACAAAAAGCUAAUUGAUCGUAAUAAUAAAUUAGAAUAAAUUAAUGACUAUAUUAAAAUAAAAAAUCCUGAACUAUUGAAUAUAUUAUAAAAAAAUCUUAACAUCCCUUAGCCUAAUAACACCUAAAAUGGGAGUAGACCAGCUUAACAAAUAAUUAAAAAGAAUCCUUUCCAUUGA